AGCAGAAUGAAGAAGCUUAUUCACAAAAUGUCUAAGCUUCCUUCUCUUGAGGCCACCAUAGCCAUCUUUCUUUCCUUCAUGGCUUCCUUCAUCGAUCAAUCUUCUUGUACUAGAACCCUAACUAAUAAUAUUCCAGCCCAAAACAUCAACCUCAGCCAUAGCCAUCUUCACAAGUUCACAUUCUUAAUCCCACACAUCCUCGACACUGCUCUUUCUCGGCCUUCAUCAACCAAUGAUUUUCCCUUCUCAGAACCUCUAGAAACUUCUCCAACUACUACGGAAAUCCCAGAAUCAGAAUCUCCACGGGACCAAAACCUAACUCUGGAUCUUUCAUCGUUGGGAUUCUUAUUUCCCACGAAAACCACGCUCCAAGACUUGCAACUGGGGAAAAUAACGUUGGUAGAACAGGAAUUACUGCGAGAGGUGGAUGAUGAUGGUUUAGACAAGUUUGGGAAAGCAGAAGGAGUGUACGUGGGUAGGUCCGAGGACGGGACUAGUUAUAUGAUGGCCUUGACUGUAAAUUUUGAAGAGGAAGAUGGGUUGAGACUUUAUGGAGAGCAGAGGAGUGAUGUUCUUGAGUCGCAUGUUGCUGUUAUUGGUGGUACUGGCAAGUACGAGGAUGCUAAUGGCUAUGCUUCUGUUAAAGUUGUGGAACGUGUAGGCUUUAGUAAACAAGAACAAGGACAAGUCACCAGUACUAAGUUUCUUUCCUUCCAUGUGUACCUUAUUUGAAGCAGCCUAUAGUCAAGCUUGUUUUCCUCUCGAGUACUGAGAUGUAUAAUCUUGUUUGCAGUAA